AUGGGUGAGCACUUCGAGUUGUUUACGUCUCUACGUUUUGACCCCACGCUGCUUCAGCUCGGGGAAGGCCAGCCCAUUGACGGUGGCUGGAAUACAACCAAGUCGUCUCCUUACUACAUGCUGGACUACCACCGAGAUCGCAUGCUGAGGGCAGCAUCUUACUGGGGAUGGAGCAAAGCAAUUGCGGCUAUCGAGGGGCCCGAGGGCCUGGCAAGAUUGGAGUCCUUCAUACAGAGCCAACUCGGCCAAGACCCAAGCAGCCAGCCCAGGAGAGCCAAGAUUCUGCUGUCAAAAGAAGGGCAGCUGGGACUUGAGUCCUCGAUUGUCCCGGAAACGUCCCUGGCGAAUCUUUUCCCGCAAAGGCUUGUCACGCCAGACAACAACAAUACUGCUGACCGUGAAGAACCACCGCUUGGUCAUCUUCGACUGUCGCCCCCGUAUGUGAUCCACCUUGACGACCAUCCCACACGCCGCUCUGAAUACACCCAUUACAAAACCACGAAGCGCGACAUGUACGACCAAGCUCGAGCGCGUGCCGGCCUCAAGCCUACUGAUGCGACUCAGGAAGUGCUCAUUGUCAACGAGGCAACCGGCUCUAUCAUGGAGGGCAGCUUAACGACCCCCUACUUUCUGCGAAGGGGGAGGUGGGUCACACCGCCUGUUGCCGAGAAGUUCAGUACGGACGAUGGCAGCGGUGGGCAGGAUGGUACGACGAGGCGAUGGGCUUUAGAGCGGGGCUUGGCUGUGGAGGAAGAGGUCAAGGCAGAGGACAUCGCUGAUGGUGAGGCCGUUUGGCUUAGCAAUGGUGUUAGGGGCUUUGUCUUUGGCAGGAUACAGAGAACAGAGGCUUAG